AUGGCCGAAAUUUCUUCUACUGACCUCCCUGAAUUCCCAUCAAUUCUCAAUGUUCUUGUCAUCGACAGUGACCUCAUUUUUCUUGAUUUCAUCAAGAAAACAUGCAACCAGUAUUCUUAUGAAGUAAUGGUAUGUUCUGAAUCUCUACAUGCUGUCAAUAUUUUGCAAAAAGGAAAAACGAAUAUUCAUUUGAUAGUCAUUGAAGUUUAUAUGCCUGUCAUGGAUGGCUGCGAAUUCCUGCUAUUUGUCAAGAAAGAAGGAAUUGAUGUUCCUGUCAUAGUGAUGUCUCAUGAUGAUUCUAAGCAUUGUAUGAUGAAGACUAUUCGGCUUGGAGCUUGCGAUUAUUGGAAGAAACCCUUGAAGGAGGAUAUGUUAAAGGACAUGUGGACACAUGCUUUUAGAAAGUUUGUAAGGGAACAUAGCACCCAAAAAAAUAUUGGCAGGUUGGAUGAUGAUGAUAAAACAAGAGGGACAAGUCAUAAUUCUGAAUCUGCUUCAUCCAUUCUUGAUACGAGCAAAAGUAAUUUCAGAGAAGAUGAUGAUCUUGAUGAAUCAGAAUAUAAUAGUCUAACUGCCACAGGGAAGGAUCGCAUAGUAUGGACACCAGAACUGCAUACUAAAUUUCUUGAUGCUCUUGAAAGUGUUGGACCCGAAAAUAUCGUGCCAAAGAAAAUUCUGAAAGCCAUGAACAUGCCUAAAUUGAAAAGAGGACAUGUUGCUAGUCAUCUGCAGAACUACAGAAAUUUUUUGAAAGAGGAGCGAAAACAGCAACAACAACAACAGAAUGAACCAAAUGAGAUGUCAUUGGUUUCAGGUAAUAAAAAACCAAAGGUGCAAGCAUCAGAAGAAAACAACUUGCAAACUUCGACACAUCCUGAUCUGACAUGUAACAUGGGGCCAACAAGAGAGAAACCCUAUGAUCUAAAUGUACAAGUUUCUGAACAUUUUCAUGAACCAACUUUGGCACAUGAUCUUUCUUAUUCUUUGGCAACGUUUCCUAAUAUUUCCAUUACUAACAAUUUUCCUCAAUCUUCUGGAUAUGGACUAAAUAAUAUGCAGAAGCCAAUGAUGCGUCCUGAAAUUCCUCCGAUCAACUUGCAGCCAUCCUCCAUUAUUAUUUCAGAUAAUUCAGCUUCUGUUCCACCUCAAUCAAUACCAGGUUUCUCAAAUAGUGGUGUGAGACCUUUUGCUGCCUCCUCAGAUAUUGAUGAUCAAACAAUCAAGAAGGAGCUAGAUUCUAAGAACAACGACCAUCACAAGCCCUGA